AUGAAAAACGCUCCACAUCUUGAGGAUCUUCACAGCAACUUCGACAUUGCCGAUUAUCAAAUAGUUGCUUAUCUUUUUGGGUAUUAUUAGCUGUUCAUCACGUUUUUCACUGCUGUUCAAGUUUUGUUUGCUGUUCAUCACGCCUCAGAGGGGGCGUUGGUGAGCGCCGUCGGACGUCGGAUGGGCGAGUCAUCGCUCUUGACGAAUGAUAGGAGGCAGCUCUGUCGAGAGGCAUCCGAAUUUGGUACGCCUUCUUGCGUCGGCUCCUUGUGUUGAGAAUGCACGGCCGUUGACCUCUCAAACCGUAGACGCUCUCUCUAAAGACAUCAUCCAGCACUGCUGCAGCUCAACCUACGCGUCGUCAGAUGGUAAAGCUUUCUGGCGAACGCUUCCCUGCAAUCCUGGAAAGUUCCAAGUACGGUAAACAUCCAACGCUAAGAUUCCCUAUACCAGGGCAGCCCAUGCGCUAUACGUUUGAGUAUAUGCGCACGGCCACGCAGGGCGAAGUGGUUUACCGCUGCAGGGGAUGCAGGAAGAAUUGGAAAACAACAAGCGUAGCGGUCGUGAGCGAGCAUUACCUCGUGGGGAACCCUGUUUUGCUUCCUCAGGUGUGCAUACGACGCGGAUGGUAUAUCAGGCAUUCCAGGAUAUUUCCAAGGAUGCGCGUUAUGCGUUAUGCACACAUGAGAGCAAAACAGGUCUACCAAAACAUAGCUCAGCAGGCGGACCACAGUGAAGUCGCAGGUAGGUUACCCUUAUGA